AAACUAGGCUGUAUUCCUAUACUCAGUUCAAGGCAGUCCCCAGUAAAUAAAAAGUAGUGCUUCCCACGGGCUACUUCAGGUUGGUGACAGACAAAAAAAACAUCAAAUCUCUACUUUCAUUAUUUGGACAAAGGCAGAGUCAAUGGAGUCAGCUAGAGAUCCAGUUAUGAAUACCUUAAUUAUAAGUGAAAUACACUGAUAGCUAUCUAACUACCAAAACAAAUACAUGUAAUGGGAUUUUAGAACUAAGAAAUUCAGUGCCCAGAGCUGUGCUGCUGACUAGGAACAAAGAGAGGUAAAGGCUACUUGACUUCUAGUACUAGAAUUCAAGUACUUCUUCCCUACCAGGUCUUCAAGAGCAUAGAAUACAGUUUCUAGGGCUCUAUAUGCAUAUUACAAACAGAUCUAGGCGUGGCAACAGCCAGAUUGGUUGCUUCUUGGCUCCCAUGAACACAAGCCCCCCUGGAAUCCUCCUUUUGAGGUUUUGGUGUCCCCCCCCAGCCAAGAACAUUUUGAAACCAUACACGGAGCCUCAUGCAUUUGGAUACAGUUGACCCAACUGACUGAACUACUGCCAAUGUCCUCAUAUGUCAGAGAGCUCAAUCAGUAAAAAAGAGGCCGUGCGCUUCAGAUAACAAAGUGACAAGUGUUUCAUUUAUGUUGAUAAAGAUACACAGAAAGGAAUGAAGAUGGAAACACAUGAGGUAGAAAUACAAAUAUUUUAAAGAGCAGAAUGGAGAGGACAGAGGAGAAUUUCCAGAGAUAAAAAGUCAGUAGAAUGCAAACAGAAACAGAAGCAAAAGGAAAAUCCCAGUGAUUACUCACAACCACAGGGAAAAAUAUAGGACAAAAUAAAAAACAGAAAGAAAGCAAAACAGCGAGUAAGGUCAAGGAAAAACUGAAUUGAUAUGACUUGUUUAUUUUUUGUUUUCCUGAUGAUACAGCUACAGCCAUAUGAAAUUCCAGUGUAUGUGUACUGCGAAGGUGAGAAAAUAUAAGCUAGUGACUUCCGCAAGGUGAAAACAAGUUGCUCGUCUUUCACCCACUUGAGAACAUUAGCACAGACUGAAGAAAAUCCUAUUGCACUGCAUGCUCUUCCAGCCAUCUGCCUCAUGCUACACUGCAGCAAAGUUGGGUUUGGUGCUUCCUGAGCAGGAAGGCUCUAGAGCUGGUGGAGCAGCCUAAGCCCUGUAAAAGGAGCAGAACCAAAGCGCACUCUAGAUAAACUGGUCGAGCUCCUGAACUUACAUACAACUGAGCAUUGCAUGGAAAUGUUGGGUUUUCAGACAGACUUUCAGACGACAGCAACCACUACGUUGCUUCCAUCAAUAACUUCUAAACCGUGAUACCCACACCUUAACUUUGUUUCUUUUGAUGUUACUUGCAGAAAGGAAACCUCCAAACCCUACCACUGUACCAUUAACUACUGUCCUGUUUAAGAUCUGAAAAACAUGAAGACCAUAGCGCUCCUGAUUUGUCUUCUAGGAUCUGCUUUCACCACUCCAACUUUUCCCUUAAGCUACCAAUUUGGAAAUCGCGGACAGAAAACUGCAGAGAAGACUAAAUAUAUUCAUUCUGAAGCCCCAGAGGAAGAGAACACAGGGUCUGUAAACAAGGGUGGUGUGCUGUCUGGCCACAGGACCAUAAAAGCAGAGGUACCGGUACUAGAUGCACAGAGGGAUGAGCCCUGGGCCAUCAGAAGACAAGGACAAGGUGAUGGUGAGCAUCAAACUAAAAACAGCCUGAGGAGCGUUAACUUCCUUACUCUGCACAGUAAUCCAGGCUCGGCUUCCGAUAACCGGGAAAGCAACUCUGGCAGAAACAGGGAAUGGUCUGGCUCUGAGCGCCACCAGCCCAGGAGGCACGAGAAGCACAGCAACGUAGUUGGUCAGCGGGCUCUGCAUGGAGAAAGUCCAGUGGAUGCUCUUGGUCUGGUUCGUGAGCUCAACAUGUGGAAAUAUAAUAAAAACACAGUUGGCUUUGAUGAAAAUAACAGUGAAAGUGAUGAAGAGGAAGCUGGGGAGGAAGAAGAUGAGGAAUGGGGUGGAGAAACUGAUUAUAGAGGUAUGAAGCACAUAGCCCAUGGGACAAGUCAUGGAAACCAAUACAGGAGAUGGCAAAAUGAAAACAGCCAGCCAUCUGGUGAAUUUUUGAGAGAUUCCAGUCUGCCAGUGCGUAUAACCAAGAGACACGGUGAGAAAUUCAGCAUAGAGGAAGAAAGUCAGGAAAAGCCCCACAAGGAAGGAAAAAUCCCUCUCUCAAAGAAAAAUCAUAAUGAGGAUCAGGGUGAAAAAAGGCAAAGCCAAGAAAGCAAAGACCAUUUUCAAGUAAACAAUCAGAACAAACACAAAGCAGUGAUGAAAAGGCAGGAUAAGGAAGGCAGCAGCGCUGAGGAGGAUGAUAACGAUAGUGGUGAUGAUGGUGAGGAAGAUCUCAGCAAUGUCUGGAGGGAAACAGUCUACGAGGAACAGGAGAGAAUGCAGAGCAAUGAUCAGGAGAGCAUCAGCAACAAGCAGAAAGAGGAAGAAACAGCUGGGGAUGACAGUGGAGUUUAUAGGGAGAUGCAGGAUUACCAAGGUGACAAAAUCAAAGACAUUACUCACUCUAAAGAUGAUCAUUACCACCACCAGCCCCCUAAUUCCAGCAGCAAGCGACAACUGCAAACAAGUAGCUCUGUUGAGAGUGUGAAUUCAAUGGAACCUGAGGAUGAGGUUAAGACCACAGGCGGUUCAUACAAUGAGGAAAGUGCAAGCAACAGCACUGGGAAGGCUCUCCCGGAUCUUUGUAGGAACUUCCACUGCAAAAGAGGAAAAGUCUGCCAAGCAGACAAGCAAGGGAAACCCAGCUGUAUUUGCCAAGAUCCUGCUGCUUGCCCUUCCACCAAAGAUUAUGAGCGCGUUUGUGGCACAGACAAUAAGACUUAUGAUGGCACAUGCCAACUCUUUGGCAUCAAAUGUCAACUUGAAGGGACAAAAAUGGGACGCCAGCUGCACCUGGACUAUAUGGGCGCCUGCAAAUACAUACCCCACUGUACUGAUUAUGAAGUGGAUCAGUUCCCUCUCCGUAUGAGAGACUGGCUCAAAAACAUCCUUAUGCAAUAUUACGAACGCGAUCAGGAUACAUCUGGAUUUCUAACUGAAAAACAAAGGAAUAAGGUCAAAAAAAUAUACCUGAAUGAAAAGCGUCUCAUGUCCGGUGAGCACCCAGUUGAGCUUCUCCUGCACGACUUUGAGAAAAACUAUCACAUGUACGUGUAUCCUGUGCACUGGCAAUUUUAUCAGCUUGACCAGCACCCAGUUGACAGAUCACUGACUCACUCAGAGCUUGCUUCUUUGAGAGCCUCCCUCGUUCCCAUGGAACACUGCAUAACCCGUUUCUUCCAGGAGUGUGAUGGAGACCAAGAUAAACUCAUCACUUUGAAGGAGUGGUGCCACUGCUUUGGGAUUAAGGAAGGUAAGCUUCGAAGACCAGGACAGCACACAGUACAAAGCAUUCCUACUGCUAACUUCCAGAUUACAAUAAAAAUUCCAGGCAGAUGGUUAACGACUACUGCACACAAAAACAACUGGAACAGGAAUGACAGAACAGCAAGAGAUGCAAGGUUCUGAACUGGUAUGCACAGAUAGGAAAAAGCAAUGUUUUCCACCAGGAAAAAUCUGGGAGGUACUAAGUAUGAAAUCACUCCUCCCUGCAGUAUCUGACCCUGUGUGUUCUGCCUGUUUCUGUCACUCCAGAACACUGGAUUCCCAGCUCACAAGCAGGUCUAGAUCUAACACAUCAAAAAGGGCCUGAAUGAAUGGCUCCUCAGUAUAUCACCAAUCGCACUUGGCUUUUUGUACUGAUAACAUUCCAAUACCCAAGCCCUCUGAAAUUUCAGUACGCCAUUUUUAAUAAUAAUACUGCAUAAGAACACCACUUUGGCAAACGUUAAUAAUAUUUCCUUCUCUGUUGCAGAAGACAUAAAUGAAAGUCUCCUGUUCUGAGCCUGGCUGAGCAGAAUCCCUGUGCUGCGCUACAGCUAGUUAAACAUGUGAUGCCCAUUUAUGACUGCAAUUAACAGCCCUAUAAUUUUCAGGAAUAAGAUGGCAUAAGAUCCUCGGAGGCAGAAUGAGUUACUCUCAGAUAACACAAGUGCCUAAUUGUUACAAAUUCAUUAACAGCAGUAAUGUUUAGGAACUCCAAGUAGCUCAUAGCUAAAUAGUGUUUUCUUCUGCAUGUACCAAUAACCUCUUAGUAGGACUAACCUGAUAACUGAGUUGUUCACAAAAGCCCUCAGUAGAAUUAUAGGAUGUGGAUUUUAUAAUACACUGAAAACUACUUUGAAAUAGGUUUUCUUUUCUUGUCACUUACUGUCAGUAUGGCAUUCUGCAUAGAAGCGUCAAAUAAACAAAGUUUACCCAGAUUUUUGUUUUGGUUUCUUUGUUGUAUUUUUUUACUUGUUUUGUUUUUUUGACAUUGAUCAAGUUUAUCAGUCCUUAAGCUGUAAAUCCUGGUACGUGAAAAGCCAGUGCUUUUCAGUAUUUCUUCUCCUGCCCUUUGAAACACAGCAGUAACAGGGCCCAUGUCACGCAGCAGAUUCCUGAUGGGCAAACAACUACACCACCAAGGCUGGUACAGCCAUGGAGACCUGAAGCACCUAGUGCAUGAAGGAGCAGACCAGCAUUGCACCCAUAGUGGAAGUCUCGGUGCUGCUUCCACACUUCAUUUGCAAGGCACAGAGAGGGGGAGCAACUCCUACUGUAUGCACAGCGAUGCUGCCCUCACAGAGCAUUACACCAGAAAAAGAGUCAGCUGAGCUCUUGUUUUCUGCAAGGCAGGGAAGCUCCACUAAUCGACAUUUAACCUACAAAACAGAAAUAACAGCAGUAAGAAUAAUGACUAUAAAUGAUCGUUAGUUUCACCUUCCAGCAUUUUAGGUUAACUUGCAAAUACCUUAAUAGUUAUCACUUUUGAAGUAUUUGGGUGGUGAUAAUUUUAUUGACUGCCUCUCAACAGUGAAAUCUCACUCUCAUCCGCAGGCACUCUACUAUGAGAUACACACACAUAUAUAUGUGUAUAUAUACGCACACAGUACCCACUCGGCCACACUCACUGUUGACACUUAUCCAUGGCAUAAUCGUAUCCAUUGCAGUUGGUUAAACCCAAUAAAACACACAUUGCUUUCUUUCUGCUCGUUCAUCCCCUUGCUCUGUAACAGACUGUUCCGCCCCCACCACAUGCAAAUAGCAUGCUUAGUAACAAAUCUUAGAGUUCUUCUUGCACCAUUACUGAGGAAGCUUAGCACACAUAUGUAAUCCAAUAAGAGUUCUGCUUUGCACCCUCAGACAUGCCCCAAGAAAAGAGCACAGUGUAGAACUGCUGGUGUCAGUGGUCGGGAAUAAACUUGGCAAACCCAACUUCUGAAUGACAUCCUGCAAGAUUUUCCCCAGACGAACAGAUGAGUUUAACUUACUCAGAUAUCCAAAAGUGAAGGUCUCAGACCAAAAGUACGCUGGCAGUGUACAGCUGGCAUCACCGGUUAGCAGUGAUUUCAAUUCACAAGCUGGCAUUUGUUUGGGAAAACUAUGAAUGGCUGACAUCGGAUGCCUAGAGGUCAUGUGGUUCAGCUCACGGUGCUCAGGAAAGGCUAUCUAGAGCUGGAGGGCCAGAACCAUGUCCAGGCAGCUUCUGAACAUCUCCUGGAAGGACACUUCACAAACUCUGGCCAACUUGUGCCUGUGCUCAGUCACACAGUAAAAAAACAAAAAGCUUCCUUUCGUAACACAAACAACACACGCUUCCAUGGCUGAACCUGUCAGUCCUUCAGGGAUAG